AUAAAAUGGAACAAUAAUUAAUUCCUACUCUUUACACAUAAAUAAAUGCAACAAAUAAACAUACUUUAAAAGCUGUUUAAGGAUCAUAAAAAUAAAAAUAACAUAGCUUUUUUGCUGGAGAUACAUUUGGGUAUAUAUACAAUUUCGAAUUUUAAAAGGGAUAAUUAUAACAAAUAUUUAAAUCUCAAUAAAACAGCAAAGAAAUAAAUUUUAUUUAAUCAUAUAAUCAAUAAUAAGAUAUAUAUUAUGCAACCGGAACAUAAAUAAAAGGAAUAAAUAAAAAAGGUAAAGAAAUAUUUAAAGGAGAAACUCACUAGACAGAACCAAUAAGAAAUUUUAUUAUUGACGAUAAUAUAAUAUGGACAACAGGAUAAUAUCUUGUAAAUAAAUUUGAAAUAAACAAUAAUGAUUUAAAAGAAACAUCAUAUUAUUAAAGCCCUGAAAAGAUAAAUUACAUUUUGAUAGGAAAUUAUACAGGUGAAGAUUACUAAACGAUUAUAGCAAGUAGUGAUAAUCAUCUUAAAAUAUUAUAAGAAGAUACCGUUUUAAACCAAAUAGACACUAAUUCUUAAAUAACACACAUUAUUCCAUACAAACCUUCAUAUUAAAUAAUAAACUCAUGUAAAGAAGCCCCUAAAACGAUGUUAUGUGGUACUCAAAAUGGUGAAUUAAUAUACAUAGACUGCAAAGUUAAAUAAAAAAAAAUCUUUUUGGAACCACUUUGGACCUUGAAGGGAAACUCAGAAGCUUGUAUAAGAAUAUUUAAUAGUUUUGAUUUUCAAAAAAAUGGGCUUUCAGAUGUACUUUUAGCAAGGGAAGACUCAACUUUAGAAUGGUGGGGUUGCAAUAUUAAUGGUGAAUUAGAAAUUAUAUGGGAAAAAUAAUUUAAUGAAAGUAUAAAUGGAGUUGAAGGAGGAUAUUUUGUAAAUCAAGAAACAAGUGAAUUUAUUAUAAGUAGUUUUUCAGGAAAAAUAAUAGGGUUUUAAGACACUUUAAGUAAGUUUAAAAAUAUUGAUGAAAAAUAAGUAGCUUAAAAUUUAGAUGUAUUGCAAUAAGAAAUAAAAAAACUCGAGUAGACAGCAUUAGAACUUGAAUAAAAUAUAAACAAUAAUUAAAGUAUAUCCAAAGGAGCUUUUGGUAAUGAAAAAACCUUCAAAUUAAAUUACAAAAUAGAAAUUCUCGUUGAAGAUGCAAGUUAUAAUCUUUAUUUAGAUUCGGAAUUAGGAAUUGAACUUGCAGCUUUUUAAAGUGAUUUGAAAAUUGAAAUAGUCGAAUUUAAUAAUAAAAUAAGUGUAAAAGGAAGCUCUCCAGAUGAUAAUAUUAAUGGUAACUAUUUUUUGGAAACUUAUCGAGUAAUUGAAUAAUCAAUUAAUAAAUUAGAAUUCAAACUCAGAACUUAUGAAGGAAAAUAAGGAGAAAUUAAAGUUUUUGUAAUUCCUUAUAAUUAUUCUAAUAAUGCUUAAAUACUAGUAGUGCCAAUAAAGCCUUUAUCUAUGCACGUUAGAAGCAAUUAGAAUAUAAAAGAAGAUAGCUAAUUUAAUAGUUUAGAAUUUAUAGGAGACUUCUCUAAAAAUGAUAUGCAUACCUGGAUUAUGUUAAUGAUUAAUGAAGUUCCUGUAAAUUAUGAAGAUGAGAGUGUUCUUGUCUUUAAAAAUGCACUUGUUGGUUCAACCCUUUUUUGUAAAUAUUAAGCAGGAAAAGCUUGCUUUAAAAGUGAUUCUAUUAGUACGAUAUGUAUUAUAAAAGAUUUUGUUAAUAAAGAAAUUAAUUAAAGAGGAUUAAAUGUUAGUGUUAAAUGGGAUGUUAACGAUAAUAGCGUUUUGACUAUUUUUGAAUUACUUAAACCUUAAUUUGAAUAACAUAAAAAAAAUAAUGUCAAAUGUAAAAUAAUUCCUGCAUUAAAAGAGUUAAAACUAAGUGAAUAAGAAAAUAGUUUUAUGUCUGAUGAACUUAAAUAAAUUUUAGCAAAUGGAGACGAAUUACUUAAAUAAUUUUAAAAUUUACCUAAAAAAAUAGAAUAUUUAAAAGGAAUAAUAAGUGAUCU